AUGGAAGAAAAACAAUAUUGCUAUUUUUGCUUUGAAGUGGUUUCCGCUACAUUGGAGCAUAGAAGGAUUCGAAAUCAUGCGGAUUGGAAAUCCUGGACAGACGAGGUACCUCUUUUUGUAAAGUUCUUUUUCAAACAACGUCUUAGAAAGCAAUUACGGGGUUGUAUUGGUACUUUUCAACCGCGUCCUCUACAUGUCAAUCUUAGAUAUUUUAGCCAGCAAGCAGCUUUUCAUGAUGACCGCUUUCAUCCUAUUACGGUGGCCGAAUUACCAUUUUUGGAAUGUGGAAUCGACCUACUAGUGAAUUUCGAGCCCAUUGAUGAUCCUCUGGAUUGGGUGGUCGGUGUUCAUGGCUUAUCGAUUGAGUUUUAUGUAGAUAGAAUACGGUAUUCAGCUACUUAUUUACCUUCUGUUGCCGCAGAACAGGGCUGGACCCAGAAGGAGACUUUGCUGAGUUUGAUUCGCAAGUCAGGCUUUUACGGAAUCCCUCGAAAUUUAAAGAUUCAGGCUACUCGGUAUCAAUCUUCUCAAGUUGAAUGCUCGUUUGAGGAAUACUUCAAAAUUGUCAACAGACUAUAA